AUGCCCGUCUCCUCAUCCUAUCCGCCCUUAGACAUCCCCAAUGUCGACCUCUGGACCUUUCUGUUUGAACGGAAAGAUAGGCCAUUUCCCGAUGACAAAAUCAUCUACCAGGAUGCUGACACCCAAAGAUACUACACGUAUCAGAGCCUGAAAGAGGCGGCGCUGUCCUUUGGACAAGGGCUGAAAGCUAUCUGGGAUUGGCGCAAAGGAGACGUGUUGGCCUUGUUCACGCCUAAUAGCAUUGACACCCCCGUGGUGAUGUGGGGUACUCAUUGGGCCGGGGGCGUCGUGUCCCCAGCGAAUCCAGCUUACACCGUUGAUGAGCUUGCCUACCAGCUGAAGAACUGUGGCGCAAAAGCGCUGGCCACCCAGGUCCCUCAGCUGUCCGUAGCAACAGAAGCUGCCAAGCUGGCUGGGAUUCCCGAGGACCGGAUCUUCCUCGUCGGGGACGAACGAGACUCUCAGUUCCGGUUUAAGCACUUCACAUCUAUCCGGAAUAUCUCUGGCGCGACAAGGUACCGCAAAACAAAGAUCAAUCCGGACAAAGAUCUGUCCUUCCUCGUCUAUUCCUCUGGCACCACUGGUGUUCCCAAAGGUGUGAUGCUCUCCCACACAAACAUCGUCGCCAACACCCUGCAACUUGCCUCUGGAGAGGCCAACAACAUGACAUGGAAUGGAGGUUCUGACGGAAAGGGUGACCGGAUUCUGGCAUUCCUCCCAUUCUUCCACAUCUACGGCUUGACCUGCCUUGUUCACCAAACCCUGUACCAGGGAUAUCAACUCUACGUUAUGCAACGAUUCGAUAUCGAGAAGUGGUGUGCACAUGUGCAGAACUACCGUAUCACCUACAGCUACGUCGUACCUCCAGUUGUCCUUCUACUGGGCAAGCACCCGAUCGUGGACAAAUACAAUCUAUCGACUCUGCGUAUGAUGAAUUCAGGCGCUGCUCCACUCACUCAGGAGCUCGUGGAGACUGUGUAUGCGCGUAUCAAGGUCCCGAUCAAGCAGGGAUACGGUCUCAGUGAGACUAGUCCCACCACGCACGCCCAGCCGUGGGAAGAGUGGCGUACCAGUAUCGGGUCAGUGGGCAAAAUGCUCCCUAAUAUCGAAGCUAAGUACAUGACCAUGCCCGAAGAUGAGUCGCAGCCGCGUGAGGUACCAGUCGGCGAGGUGGGCGAGCUGUACCUGCGAGGCCCCAACGUCUUCCUGGGCUACCACGACAACCCUACCGCAACGGCUGAGUGCCUCUCCGCCGAUGGUUGGUUCCGCACCGGAGACGUGGGCUACCAGGACAAGAACAACAACUUCUACAUCACGGAUCGUGUUAAGGAGCUCAUUAAGUACAAGGGAUUCCAGGUGCCCCCGGCGGAGCUGGAAGGUCUCCUGGUGGACAACGAGGCGGUGGACGAUGUUGCAGUCAUUGGCCUGGAGAGUGAGGCCCAUGGCACCGAAGUUCCGCUGGCCUUUGUUGUGCGAAGCGCAAAAAGCAAGGCAUCGGGAACCAGUGCCGAGCAGGAGGCCACCAACAUCGUCAAGUGGUUAGACGGUAAGGUGGCACACCACAAGCGUCUACGAGGAGGAGUGCGGUUCGUGGAUACGAUCCCCAAGAGUGUAAGCGGAAAGAUCCUGCGACGAGUGCUGAAGAAGCAGGCCAAGGAGGAAGCCGCUGCUCCCAAGGCCAAGCUGUAG